UCCCUCCAUCCUACCUGUCAUUUUGUUGGUCCAGGGUCUGCUCUUCCCACUUCCAAAAAAGAAUGGAAGAAACCAGCCGGACAGCGAUAACCACUGCUGAUGAAGCCAGGGAGCAUAUUCCCCUUCCAGCCCACACCCAUUACAGUGUCCUCUACCCACCCAAAGCCGGAGCCAGCAGACAGACCCUGCAGAUGUUUUCGAAGUCACCUGAGACCGUUCACUUCAGCAGCACAGCCAUCGUUUGGAAAUUUCCAUACAACCUCACACGGGGAUGUCUUCUGCUGCAGGUCCUACAGACCGAGCCUGCCCCUCACGGUCUCGGUGGUCCCAGUUCUUGCACCAACCACAGCUUGGUAGAGGCCGGCAGGUUGAAUUUCACCAGGACCUUUCCGAAAGAACGCCUGACCACAUCCUGGCACCUCUUCGAUGGGGUUGAGAUGCUGCUGGAGGUGAUGGGCAUCUGUGGAGCUGCGAGGACACCCAGAAUGACGGCAGCAAGGAAGGCUGCGGCCGAACCAGCAAGAAGAGCAGUAGAUUAUACUGAAGGAUGGCAGAAAGCACAAACAAUCCAGUGCCAGAAGUCCUCCCUUUGCUUCCCUCCAUACGGUAAGGAAAAAAGGCUUUGUGGGCUAUUUGAAAAACGCACACACACACUGUAUCAGGAGAGGGUUUAAAGUGCACACUUUUAUUUUCUAUUACAAAGGCUAAAAGAAGCAAGUUUGUUUUUUUAUUUAAGAACAAAACCAAAAAUGUUGUUAAAACAUCUACAUUAUUAUCCUGAUACUAUACCUUAUGAAAGAUACUAAGUUCUUUUUUAAUAGUAAAGCGUGGUAUUCUUAAAUUAUAUUAAUACAAAGACAUAUUAAAGGACUCGAAAUCAUUACUACCCAGCUCAGAACUGCAGCAUCCCCUUACUAUCUUUUCCUUUCACUUGCUAAAACCCAUCCGUUUUUGACAUACAGUUUCAUACAAACUAAGUAGGGUAUUUUUUUAAUUUUAUUUUUCUUCCCCCUGCAAAGGUCAGGUUCACUCCAACACCAGCGUGACUUAAAUCCCUGCCCUUACCAAAGGAUUUGGGAAAAGAUUUUCACCAAGUCCUUCAGCAUUUAACAAGCUGAUCUAAAUGAAAGCGUCUGCUCUGUGCGUAUGUGUGGUUAUUUUACAGGAUAUGAGAUUUUCUUCUAACGUUAUAAAGUGAAAGCAUCACUUUUGUUAAUAACCCUUGGACUUGGUUCUGUGCUGCAAAAUUUUCUUCUUCCCUCACGUGGAUUAUUGAACAAAAGAAGGAGUUAUCAAAGGGUCUCGUGAAUGCACCACUAAAGCAGCCCUACAACUUGUGGUUUAACUGCUGCAGAGCCGUGAGCGCUGAGCAUUUCUGCUGAGAGUACGUAACAUGCUGAAGAAAACCCUCUUGAUGUGAUAAAGUGAGCCUGGGAAGCCAAGUGUGAAGCUUCCUGCCUUUUACAAUGUCCCCUUAAAUAAUAUAAGCAAAGCCUUAUUAUUAAAACUUUACUCACUAGUUAGCAGUAUAAUACUCUUUCACUGAGAUGGGACUGCAAGGACAUCAUAGGGGGUUUUAAAAGCGUCACCAGGGAAACCUGUCCCAUCUCAGAAUUUAUACCUAUCUAUAUAAAACCCUCCCCUCUGCUAUUUCCCUUUCCCAAACCCAAAUAAAAGUCUUCAUAUUUAAAAC